AUGGCAGCCCAAACUUCAUCUUUUUCAAGCAUUUUGCUCUUCAGUUUCAUUCUUUCCAUGCUCAUCUGCUGCUGCCAUGCUGCUUCCUCUAAUAAUCGACAGGUUUACAUUGUUUACAUGGGGAACCUUCCCAAGGGUAAGGUUUCAACUUCAAGCCUUCACAACACCAUGCUGGAAGAAGUUGUUCCCAGUAGUGUUGGAUCAGAUGUUUUGCUCUACAGCUACCAUAGGAGCUUCAAUGGAUUUGCUGCCAAAUUGACCAAAGAUGAGGCAAAUAAACUGAGAGAAAAAGAUGGGGUGGUUUCUGUUUUCCUUAGCCAAAAGAAGCAACUCCACACGACAAGGUCAUGGGACUUUAUGGGAUUGAACAAAAAAGUUUUAAGAUCAUUCAUUGAGAGUGAUAUCAUUGUUGGAAUGCUUGACACUGGGAUUUGGCCCGAGUCUCAAAGCUUUAACGAUACUGGAUUAGGUCCGAUUCCGAAUAAGUGGAAAGGCACAUGCCAAAGCUCGGCCAAUUUCACCUGCAACAAAAAAAUCAUUGGAGCAAAAUAUUAUCGUGCCGAUGGAGAUUCCAAUCCGAAUUAUGAUUUUCGAUCCCCGAGAGACUCCGAAGGUCAUGGGACUCAUACUUCAUCAACAGCUGCAGGUGGCUUUGUUAACAAGGCAAGUUUAUACGGUCUAGCAAAAGGGACGGCUCGUGGUGGGGUGCCAUCAGCUCGCAUUGCGGUUUACAAGAUUUGUUGGUCCGAUGGUUGCUCUGACGUAGACAUUCUUGCUGCAUUCGAUGAUGCAAUAGCCGAUGGUGUUGACAUAAUCUCGCUUUCUGUUGGGAGUAUUUUCUCGUCUGAUUAUUUUGAUGAUCCGAUUGCUAUAGGAGCUUUCCAUUCGAUGAAAAAUGGUAUAUUGACAUCAAAUUCUGCCGGAAAUAGCGGUCCUCGUCUUGCAACUAUUACAAACUUUUCACCUUGGUCUUUAUCUGUCGCUGCUAGUACCAUUGAUAGAAAGUUUAUCACUAGAGUGAAGCUCGGCAAUGGUGAAAUCUACGAGGGAACGUCCAUAAAUACAUUCGACCUCGACGGAAAAAUGUACCCUUUCAUUGCUGGUGCUGCUGCUACAAACACCUCACAAGGUUAUACAUCCGAGGAUUCAAGGUAUUGUGAUCCGGAAACAUUGAACAAAACCUUAGUGGAAGGCAAAAUUGUUUUCUGCGACUAUGACAGCAAUGGUGAGGGUCCGGUCGAAGCCGGCGCUGUCGGUGCAGUGUUCCAGAGUGGUGACUUCAAAGAUUUGGUGUUUGCUUACGGGUUACCUCUUUCGAAUUUGAACUUGGAUGAUGGAAGACAUGUUUUGAACUACGUGAACACAACAGAAAAUCCGACAGCGACGAUAUUCAAGACUGAGGUAAAAGAUAAUCAGUUCGCCCCGUUCGUUGUUUCGUUUUCGUCAAGAGGGCCUAACCCUGUUACAGCAGACAUCCUCAAGCCUGAUCUUACAGCUCCCGGUGUCGACAUCUUAGCCGCAUGGUCGGAAGCUGCCUCCUUGACAGAUACCGAAGAUGAUACGAGAAUCGUUCCAUACAACAUUAUUUCAGGCACAUCCAUGUCUUGCCCACAUGCAACUGGUGCAGCCGCUUAUGUUAAAUCAUUUCAUCCAACAUGGUCCCCUGCUGCCAUUAAAUCUGCUCUAAUGACAACAGCUUUUCCAAUGAGUUCCGAGAACAACCUCGAAGCCGAGUUCGCAUACGGUGCAGGCCAUAUAAACCCUGCACGAGCAGCCCGACCUGGAUUGAUAUAUGAUGCAGGGGAGACUGAUUUUGUUAAUUUCUUAUGCGGACAAGGAUAUAACUCUAAACAACUCGCGCUCAUUACCGGAACUAUCGCAAUUUGUUCCGAAGAAACGAAUGGAACAGUGUGGGAUCUAAACUACCCUUCGUUUGCAUUGUCCACAACUCCUGGAAAUUCAGUCACUCGAGUCUUUUACCGGACGGUGACGAACGUUGGCUCGGCAGUGUCGACUUACAAGGCGGUCGUUAAGUCUCCCCCAGGGCUUGUUAUCCAGGUUCAACCGAGUUUACUUUCUUUCAAAUCACUUGGCCAAAAGCAAUCCUUUACAGUGACCGCGAGAGCUGAAGUCGGUAACUCUAUGAUCUCCGGUGCUUUGAUUUGGGACGAUGGAGUUCAUCAAGUGAGGAACCCUAUUGUUGCUUAUGCUUCCUUGGUCGAAUGA